CAUCCCUGUAUGGGCCAAUGACAAAUAAGGAUAAGUUAUAAAGUUAUAAAAAAGAAGAAAUAUUUUUAAAAUCUAGUUUAAAACACAUGUAGGCUACCAAGUUCUGUGUAUCCAUGCUACUUUGAAGGUUUAUACAAUUUUCCAAUUUGUUUAACCAGUAGCUUACUUGAACCUAUAGGCUACACUUGAGUGUCAUAAUUUAGUAAUAAGCAACUUAGUUUUCAAAACAUUUUUUUUCAAGUUUUUUCUUUUUAUUUAUUUACUUUACAAAUGUAAUAAAUUCUUUCGGUCAAGCAUCUUCAGAGAUUUUUUAGAAUUACUCAAUUUGACCUGAACAGAAAUUGAAGACAUGAUCAUCAUUUAUGCAUUGACGAUGUAUUGCAGUCAUUUUAUACAUUGCUUUUUUAUGUAUUUCUGAAUAACUGUACAAAAAUGAGCUUCACGUCAUUGACCCAUAUAUAAAAUAGCCUACACACAUAAACUACGCCAUCAAGUGCGGUUCUUCUAAGCGAGUUGCUCCGCUGCACACACACUGACACACACACACACACACACUCACGCCACCCCCGUAUUUCAUCAAUUCCUUCUCCGCGAGGACCGUAAGAUGUGUGUAUGGAGCUCAGAACACCGUCUGUGUUGCCAUUCGUGUUGUAAGAAACAAAAGAACAGACGAGGCAUUGAUUCCUCUCUAUACACAAGGACAUCUAUGCGUGCUGCAUGUGCAAUGCUGCAAAGCUAUGAGACCGACGAUUCAGCACUGUAAAUUAAAGAUACACGACCAAAACAACAGCCAGCACCUUCAGCCAGUGCACUCUGCAGCAAGCCGUGCAUUACUGUAAAAUCUUUAUUUUGUCCUUCUGUACCUUAUAACGAGGAUUUCGGAUCGGACGAGGCUCGAAGACUUCGCGUGGGACGUUUUGUAUUUGGUCAGUGUCCGGGUUUAUUUCUCCCAUCCGAAGAGCACGGAUUACUUCUUUGCGAAGAUAAAUGGAUACGGAGUUAUAAAAGCACCCGACGAGAUGACCAAGCGUUGAACUGCAGAACUACAAAAGCCUCGAAGCUGUAACUUUUUGGGGGGGAGGUUGGCAGUUUCGCUUCGAAAUGGAUGAAUUCCAUCCGUUCAUCGAGGCGCUGCUGCCGCACGUGCGUGCCUUCGCCUACACCUGGUUCAACCUGCAGGCCCGCAAGCGCAAGUAUUUCAAAAAGCACGAGAAGCGGAUGACCAAGGAUGAAGAGCGCGCCGUCAAGGACGAGCUCUUGGGCGAGAAGCCCGAGGUCAAACAGAAGUGGGCGUCACGCCUCCUCGCAAAGCUCCGCAAGGACAUCCGGCCGGAGUGUCGGGAGGACUUUGUGCUGUCCAUCACAGGGAAGAAGCCUCCGUGUUGCGUCCUCUCGAACCCAGACCAGAAGGGGAAGAUGAGGCGCAUAGAUUGCCUGCGUCAGGCGGAUAAGGUCUGGCGUCUGGACCUGGUGAUGGUGAUUCUGUUCAAGGGCAUCCCGCUGGAGAGCACGGACGGGGAACGGCUGGUCAAAGGCGGCCAGUGCUCCAAUCCCAUUCUCUGCGUCCAGCCCCAUCAUAUCAGCGUGUCCGUCAAAGAGCUGGACCUCUACCUCGCCUACUUUGUGCAGGAGAGAGAGGCUGAACAGAGCAGUAGUCCUCGUACAGGCAUUGGUUCAGAUCAAGAGGACAGUCGAGCAGCCACCAUGGAUGCCCCAGAGUUUCAAGAGAGCUUCGUAACUUCGGGCGUCUUCAGUGUAACAGAACUGGUGCAAGUAUCAAGAACACCGGUGGUGACGGGCACGGGGCCAAACUUCUCUCUCGGAGAGCUGCAGGGGCAUCUUGCUUACGACCUGAACCCUUCAGGGGUGGGAAUGAGGAGAACCCUACCCAGCACCUCCUCUAGUGGAAGUAAGAGACACAAAUCAGGAUCCAUGGAGGAUGAUAUAGACACCAGCCCAGGGGGCGAGUACUACACCUCUCCCAACUCCCCCGCCAGCAGUUCACGCAACUGGCCAGAGGAGAUGGAAGGAGGAAUCUCCCCUACAGUUAAGAAGACAGAGAUGGAUAGUCCAUCUCCUCAAGAGAGCUCUCCACGUCUCGGCUUUACACAGCACCACAGACCUGUCAUUGCAGUGCACAGCGGUAUCUCUCGGAGUCCUCAUCCCUCCUCGUCUCUGCACUUCCCUGGUGCUCCCAUUCUCCCCCAGACCGCCUCCACCUACUUCCCGCACACGGCCAUCCGGUACCCCCCACACCUCAGCUCUCAAGACCCGCUCAAAGACCUGGUCUCUCUGGCCUGUGACCCGUCCAAUCAACAGCCCAGCCCGCUGAAUGGCAGUGGUCAGGUGAAGGUAUCCAGUCACUACAUCUCCUCUCAGAUGCUGGCCCCCCCGCCACCCCCCGGCCUGCCCCGUCUGACGCUGCCCCCAGAGUCCAAAUCCAGCACCACCUCUGCAGACGCAGCUGCCAGCUCACCCACAUCCCCCAGUAAGUGGGACGCUUGCAACCCAUCCGUUCGUUCGCCCUCUCUGUCCCAGAGACCCAGAGAUAGCCAAAAAACGAAACAGCAGAACACACACAUCAACAGCAUACUCUGCUCCCGGGACGCCACCUGCCAACCGCUCCUUCGUAGGAAUUGGUUCUCGAGACCCUGGCAGUCUGUAUCAGGCACAGUCCUGGUAUCUGGGGAACUGAUUAUCACACACACAGACGAACCCGAGGAGGCACAGACAUGGAUUUGAAAAAUCAAUUUUUUGUGGAAUUUACAAGAAAAAAAGUUGUGAACGAGAUGCAAGAGGGAAAAUCCGAUAUAUAUGCAGUAUUUGUAUAUAUACACACACAUAUAUAUAUACACAAUAUGUGUGUAUAGAUAUAUGUGCACACAUAUUUAUAUAUGCAUAACGACGUACAGUAUAAGAUGCUUCAAUACACUUUUUUUUGGAAAAGACAAUGGAAACAGAGAAGAGAGUGAGAGAAUUGCCAUAGAUGGAACGGAAGAAAAGGACACAAAAGAGGAGGAUGUUUUUUUCUGGGAGGACAGCCCGAACUAUGGCGUACAUUGACGGACGUGUCGAAAAAGGCCCACCCUGACUCCCUGCCUCUUGGAAUGCCUCUCCUCAACCCCCUCCUUAUGCUACAGGUGCUGCUUCCUCCUAUAUGCAAAAUAAGUAUCCUUUAUUUUCUUAACGAACAGGGACGGGAAACCCCAAGGAAGGGGUUUUUCCGCUAGCAUUUCGCCACAGGUUUGGAGGUGAGCACGGUCUGUUUUUAUUCUUUUUUUAAGUGCGCAAAGGCAACACGACAUGGAAAAGGAAACAAAAAGGUUGAUGCUUCCGUUCACACAACAUUGUGGAAAAAGAAACAGAAAGGCCACUUUUCAUCCAGUUUCAUUGACAAUCAUGUAUCUGCGUCCUUGGUUUCGUUCAGAGGGUGGUGUUUUCUAAAUUGCAUUCUCCACCGUUUGUAACGGAGUCCACUUUUUGGUGGAAGCCCGUCAUGUUUUUUGUACAUCGGAGGAAUAUUAGUGGUACCUCAGUGACAUUAUACAUCACAGUCAGCAUGUGUACACACAUGCACACACACUUACAUGUAAACACACCUAUAUAGAGGCAAUGGCAUGUACUGUUAAAGGCUACACAAGGUGUGUGUGAGCUGAAAUGCAGCCUUCAUAGGAUGAGCCAGGGAAUAGCAGGGGUGAAUUAGCACCUUCCUCUCUUCGCAAUAUGAAAGCCCCUCAUUCCCUGGACCCGCUGUAAGUGUGUGUGUGCGUGUGCGUCCGUGUGUUUGUGCUUGUCAUAAACAUUGCUAGUCCCUUAUUCAUCUCUGUGAGUUCACAGAUUAGGGGUUUUUUUGAUUCAUGUAGAUACGUGGAUUUUUCCACAUAGUGACAAAGGGAGUUGAAAUAUAGUUCUGUCAUUACUUAGACAGUAUUGGGUGUAGAGGAUAGAUUUUUUUCUCUAUGUGUAAUUUGUUUAAAUUCAUUGGAAAUUACAGGCAUUGCACUACUUUGAAUUUUUAAUUUUCCUCUUUUGCAAAUUCCUGUUCGGCCUAAUCAUAUGGAAUGCUGCGAGUCGAUUAUUUUUGUCACGUUCUGAUCUCACCGUUGAUGAGGGUUGGUUUCCUAGAAGCUAAAAAGCUGAUCAGAACAAUCCAACAUUUUCUAUGUAAAUGUCUCCAUGUUUAUGUGAUUACUUUUAUACAAUUCCCAUAGUUUAAGAAGAAAACAAAACAGGCUAUCUUUUUCUUUUUUUCCCAUGUUUCUAUUGCAAGAAACUAUGACUGUUUUUAUUUUGAAGCAUACUAUAUACUUUAAUCCGUAGGAAUGUCAAUGAUUUGGAUGUUUGACGUGAGACGGGCUGUAAUGCGCCACGACGACAAUACAAAGAGGAAGUCAGUCAGUGGCUAUGCUCCCAGAGUUCAUUGGGAGGUGGACGCCUACGACCAGCAUGUCUCUGGCUGGUUGCCUCAGAAAUGGGUUAUUCUGCACUCUGAGAUGUGUUGAUUUGUACUAAUGAAAUAACAUCAGGGCUUAAUCUACAACGCUACCGAACCCAAAUCACGAAGCCAUGAAAAGUGCCUGAGACAUUGCGAGAUUUUCAUUUGAAUUCUUCCUCUUUUUUAAAACUUGCUUCAUUUACUGUGGGUUGUUGUUGUUGUAGAAGUUCAAGGGGUUGUUUUUAUGCCCAGAGAGAUAUUUUAAAUGGCCUAGCAAGUCCCCAAGCCCCUCAUCAGCUGCAUGGGCUAACGCUUAGCAACAGGAAACGCAGAUGGUUGAACAAAACACACACACACACACACACACCCUUAUAUUCUGCCAGGACAUGACAAAAUCAACACAUAUCAGAGAUUUACUAGGUACCCUCACAAAUACAAACACCGAUAUGAAAUAAUAUCCACACACUCUGAUUGCUUUCACUAACCUUUUAUAAUGGCUUUGCAUAUACAUUCUGUUGAGUUGACCAUAGUAAGACCCAGAAUACAUGCAACAUGACUUGUUUUAAUGGUGCUGAUAUGAAAAUUAUAUGGAAAUCUCUAUAUAUGAGUUAUAUAUAACUGUGCAUGGUGCUUUCAAAAGAAAAAUCAUGAGAAUUAAGCUCAAACAACCACCGUAUCGCUGACAUGGGCGCAUGGCAGAUAAUCUUAGUAUUAGCUCUGAAGCUAAAUGCUCCCCAGAUUCUUCUUGACUACCCCCCUUGAGCAAAGAGCCAAUGACACAGAUGGAUUUUACCUUUGUACCACAUUGGUUUUGACUUUUAUCCUACAAUCCCUCUUCUACUUUGCACGAUAUUUUAUAAACAUAUUAUGUGCCUUGCCUUUAGUUAAGAACGAUAAUGCGUAACUUUAAAGGAGUUGAUAAUUUUUUUCUUUUUUUGAUGUAACCAGUGUCACAAAGGAAAAAAUGCUGCAUGUUUGAUUGCCUGUCAUAAUCAGAUUAAGACUAACAGGUUACCUGAUAGCUGUAGUUUUGGAUGGGUGAGAGAGGCUUUUUUUUUUUACCCUUUUCCUCUUUUAAAAGCACCGUAGUUGGCAUGAAAUCUACCUUGCAUUAUUUUGUUACCAUUUUAUUUCCCUCCUCUUUUCAUAUAAUGAGAAAGUAACAAAAUCUGUGAAAGAUGCAGUACCAGCUCUCUCCAUAUCAGCUCUGAGCUGAUAUUUUGAUUCCCUUUCAUGAUAGGUUUCUCUUAAAUUGUUUAGAUUGUAUAUUUGUUACCAUGUAUUUAAAUGAGUUUGUACCCAUUAUGGAUGUAAAGAGGAGAGGCCAGAGAUAAAAAUUAGAUGGCCAUCCUCUAUAAACCUAUUAACUAGUUUUGGUUAGGUAUAAAUUCCACAACUAAGCACUUAGCAAAUUAUUUUGCAAUCAGUAAGACUUUACAUCCCCACAACAUGAUUUUUGCUUUUUGUCAAAAAGUCACAUUUACAUUUCAUUAUUUCUGAAAACCUACGCAUUUGUUAAAGGGAUAGUUCACCCCAAAAUGAAAAUGUAGUCAUUAUUUAUUCACCCUCAUGUUGUUCUAAACCUGUAUGACUUUCUUUCAUUUUUCAGUGGAACACAAAACAAGAUAUUUUGAAAAUUGUUGUCCAUACAAUAAAAGUCAAUAGAGUCUGAUGUUGUUUUGGACCCCAAUCAAAAAUCAAAAAAUCAAACAGCAUUCUCAAAAAAUAUCAGUUCCGCAGCAAAAAAAGAAAUAAAGUCAUUCAGGUUUGGAACGACAUGAGGGUGAAUAAAUAAUGACAAAAUGUGUACUGUCCCUUUAUCCCUAUUAAUAACACUGGCUGCAAUAGAAUAUGUAGUAAUGUUUGACAUAAAUGAUUUCUUUAAUUAGGGAUUAAGUUGUUUUAUUAAUCGAGUCCCUUGUAUACGUCCAUAUACGUUAACUGUAGAACGCAUUCAUAGAGAGUAGCUGAAAUGUAUUUGUCCAAUUCAACGUACAGACACAAGAACAGCAAAAAACCAUUGAACUGCUGACUUUGUGUGUCUUCUUAGAAAAUGAAUUAAUACACCAGGAUGCUUCUUCUUCUUCUUCUUUUUAUAAAAUUAGAUGGUAGGAGAUAAUUUAUAAUUUGUAGCGUGUAGUGUCAGGGGACUAUAUUGCAGAGGAGAAGAUAUUGUGUAUUUCUGGAGCUGGGUUAGGAAAGGCCAUGUUGUAGUUUGUGAUGCAGUGUACAGUAUUGUUUCUGCAAUGGAUAUUGCAACGCUGGUAGCUAAUACGAUUUGCUGGUAGCUAUUUAAAAGUUUAAGUCGAAUGAGAAAGAACGAGAGAUUUUGUUUACAUGAUGCCUGUGGUAAGAUCUUGAUUGUGGAAGAUUUGUGAGCCCGCCGUUGUCCACCCUGGCCGAAUCGGAGUGCUGAAGCAGAACAGGCAUUCCAUCUUUACCAUAAUCCAAACUUUUGCAGAAGUGCUAGCUUCAUUUAGCACGCAAUUUUUCUUGUGUUUAACGGGACAGGCGAUGGGCCAGGGGUCUGCCUCGAAGCAUGAGGCACAGCUGUUUUUUGUUCAUUCUAAACAGUAUUGAAGCAAAAACGGCAAACUUCUUAUUUUUAAAUGACCUGAAGCUCUCACGGCAUCUCUCCGGUACAGACUCGCAUGGUCCACUGCCUGUCCCGUGAAGAUUUGCACUGCUCCAUUUUCAUCUUUCUAAAGCUGUCAACCCUCUGGCCAGGGUACGAUGGCAGGUUCAGUUGAACAGGGGUCUGAUGGUGGUUUCGCCAGCACAGCGGCUCCGUAGUGAGCUCUGUGUGCAUGCGUCUUCUUUUUCGUUUGGUUUUUGUAUAUGCUAACAUUGGCUACAAACGGCCGAGAGAUCGAAACACUUCAAGAGCAGAUUGUUACCCCAGUGUGUGCUUUUUAAAGUGGCCACAGGUGAUGAUUGAACUUGCUAUGACGUGAAUAAUGCAUUUGCGCUGAUGCAUGUAAAAGAAACAUUAUCUUACUGUUUGAUUUUGAAACCCUUUUUAUAGUGCGAUGAUUAUCAUUUUUAUGCGUGUUGUUGAAAUGUUACAUUUUGAACACAGUUAUCUUGUGUAUAAAUGCUUACCAUAUUUCCAGUAGAAUGAGGAAAAAGGAAAAAUGUACAUUAAAAAUGUCUUUUUGUAAGAGAAAAUAUGUUUUUUUGUUUGUUUUGUUUUGUUUUGUUUGGAUUUAGUAGUCAUAAGCUUGUGGUCAAGCCACAAAAAAUUUUGAAAGCUCCUUCUAAAGGAUCUGCUGUUGAGAAUAUAAUGUCAGCACCAAAAGCACUCAUCUUUCCCACAGUUAUCAAGUGUUAUUUUGAUCAGAAAAUAUGGACUCCAGUAAAUUCAGCAUCACUUGUCGUCAUUUUAAACAGAGCAAACAGCUUCACCAAGCUUUGUGAGGUUUAUGCAGGUUCCAUUGGCAUUUUAUUUUUUGUUAUAUCCAAGACUUAUUUUUUCUCUUUUGUCAUGCUAGCUUCAAGAUCUUUUAAACACAUUUUUCCUGUACUUCUACUUGGAAGAUUGCACUAGAUAUUCUGGUAUUAAUAAUAAUAAUAAUACUUCUUUUUAAGGUUUGCUUCUCUGGGGAUAUUUCUUAGCCUUGAUAAGGUACCGUGAUGAAUACAGAUUAAUGGUGAGAAUGAAAGAAAGAUAGAGAGAUUAAGCUGCUUGAAUGGCACCCUCUUAUUUACCUGUUGUCAUUUAUGUGAUAAAUUUACCCUUUUAAGGUGUUGAAAUCAUGCCAGGUUCCUGUGCACUGCGAACCUCAGAGGUUUGAACUGGAUUCUUGAGGUAGAAUAUGUACAGUCACACUGCAACAAUCAUUUUCGAAAUCAGUACUUUGCCUUUUCCCAUUAAAAAAAAAAUCUAAACAUCCUUAAAACAAAAUACAUUUACCUGAGAAUUAAGACUUGAAUCAAGUUUGUAUUCAGCAAGGAUGCAUUUAAUUGAUCAAAUGUAACAAAUGUUAUAAAAGAUUUCUCUUUCAAAUAAGCACUGUUUUUUUGAAACAGCAUCCAUUUAUCACAGAAUCCUGGAAAAAAAAUAUCCCAGUUUCCACAAAACUAUGAAGCAGCAGAACUGUUUUCAACAUUGAUGAUAAGAAAAAUGUUUCUUGAGCACCAAAUCAGCAUAUUAGAAUGAUUUCUGAAGGAGUAAUGAUGCUGGAAAUUCAGCUUUGCCAUCACAGAAAUAAAUUACAUUUUAAAGUACAUUAAAGUGGAAAACAUUUAUUUUAAGUUGUAAUAAUAUUUCACAAUAUUACCGUUUUACUGUAUUUUUGAUCAAAGAAAUGCAGCCUUGUUGAGUAUAAGAGACUUCUUUCAAAAACAUUAAAAAAUGUUACCGACCUUAACUGAGUUUUGAAUAGUUGUGUACAGUAUAUAUAAAUACAAAAAAAAAAAAAGGGAUGUUUAGGUCUUUUUACUUGAAAAUUAUAUAAAAAUACAUUUUUAUUUAUUUAUUUUUUUUUUUUCCAAAGCAGUUUCUUAAACCACCUGUGGACAAUCAGUGGCAUGGCUUACUUCAGCCCAUUGAUAGUUUUCUGGAGCAUGCGUGUACAGACUAGCAUAACUAGCAGGAUUUUAGACCUCACUCUUCUGAGUGCCUUCCUGGAUUCAGCCUAGAGCCGUUGGAUGUGGGUUUACGCUGUGUGAUCUUCCCCUGUUUUUGUAAGAUCAACCUACUCAUGCCUGGAAUGUGCAUCACUGAAAAGAUUGUUUAAUUCGAGGUCCAGGCACUUUAAUUAGUCAUUGACACAUGUAAUUAUGCUGAAUAGAAUGUAAAUUUCCCAAGUCCAAUUUCCCUGUUCACCCACGGACAUAAACAGGAUGUGAGGAGACCCUACUCAGGCAUACGUGAGAGAAUUAGACAUGUAUGAGUGUUUCACUCGCCGUUUCCUUUUGCGGUUCGUGUAAUGUAAACCUUGCAAUACCAUGAACUUCGCACGGUCGAGGUAGAUAGAAACGUGAACGUGUGGUCAGAUCUUUGUUUUGUCUCCUCUCAGUAAGGGCUGGACAACCUCUUCAGGGCUGAGGCAUUGAAAUGCAGUUUCUACUCUUUCCUUCCUUACAUUUUCAAUGUUGUGACACUUGGCAGGAUGCAUGUCAUAGUUCUUGUCAGCUGAUGAAUUGAUACGUGACAUGCUUCUUACUGGUAGCGACUGGUGAAUCUGAAAUGGAUGAUGUGCAGUUAUGUCUGUCUGCACUGAAUUGGAUCCCAUAAUAACAGCUCAAUCCAGCUGCUUGGUUUGAAAUCAAACUAGUAGUAAUACACUAAAGGUUUUUUAAUGAUCUGGAAAUUGUACAGCAUCUAUGCAACUAAUCCUGGCUUUACUGAAAUCUUUGUGCUGAAAGUCCUUGCUAAUAUUAAGGACAGUUUCAAUGUGUGUAAAGCCUUCCAAGCUAGGCUAAACCUACUAUUAUAGUACUCAGUAGUACAGUGAAACUAAUGCUGCGUUUACCUCUGGUCAGAAUUAGCAUAAAGAGAUUUCAAUGUGAGUUCACAAAAUACUUAAUCACUACAUUAACCCGCCUCUAUAUAUAUAUAUCUAUUUCUAUAUAUAUAUAUAUAUAUAUAUAUAUACAUACAUACACACACUUGUUCAAAUGUUUGGGAUCAGUAAGAAUAUUUUCAAGAAAUUAAUACUUUUAUUCAGUAAAGAUGCAUUAAAAUGAUCAAAAGUGACAUUUUAUAAUUUUAUUUUUAAGAUUUUUAUUUACAAUUAAAUGCUGUUCUUUUGAACUUUCUAUACAUCAAAGAAUGUAUCACAGUUUCCACACACAAAAAAAAAUCAGCUUUACCAUCACAUAAAUAAAUUACAUUUUAAACUAUAAUAAAAUAGAAAACAGUUAUUUAAAAUUGUAAUAAUAUUUCACAAUUUUACUGUUUUUACUGCAUUUUUAUCGGAAAAAAAUUUCAGCCUUAGUGAGCAUAUAAUAGAGACUUAUUUCAAAAACAUUAAAAAAAAUUCUUACCAAGCCCAAACUUUUGAACGGUAGUAUAUAUACUCAUUAUUGCGGUAAUUCUGACAUGAUAUGAAUGCAGCAUUAUAAAAUUCUUCUUUGCCCAGGUCUGAAACAGUCACUUCUGACAGUACAUUUGUGCAUAAGUGAGGUCAUGGGCGUCCUUAGGGUGGUGCAACCAGUGCGGGUUGCCCCAUGGCGAACGGAACCCCCCCCCCCCCCCCAAAACGCAAUAGCGACAGACUUCCCCUACCUCGUUCUGGGCCCCGCCCCAUGCUUGGGACAGCCCUGUGUGAGGUCAUUGAUUUUACUGACAUCACAUUUAAAGUAUGUAAUUCAAACUUCUCAAUCAUUGAUUCAGAUACUCAUGUUGCUGAUUGAGCUGUAGGGGUGAUGGAGGGUUUUAAUCUGAACUUUGAUGACAUUUUACUGUAGAGUUGAUGGUGGCACACUGUUUCUAUAGCAGAUAAAUAUGAAUGAAGACCCAUCCUCAACUUUUGUAGUAUGGCUAAUUAUUUCUACGCUCCCUUUUUCACUCUUAGCAAACCAGCAAUUGAAGUCUAAGGUAUAUACAUUGAUACAAAUACCAAAAUGGGUUAAAAACACAGUUUUAACAUGCAGUGCCUGUCAUUUAUCGCUUUGCUCUGGUUUCUUUUCUUUGUAAACCGUGAGCUGUGGGGUUUCACUGUACCAUUGACAUCAUCUCUGCAGUGUUGGCCUGGAUUGGUUUAUCAAGCGCUUUUUGUACGUUGUUGUCCAACCAAGGGGCCAGAUUUGCCAAAGCCUCUCAAUAACACAACCUCAGAGUGCCGCAACAUAUUACCAUUAACUAACGUUCGAGGUUAGUACAGUAUGACAAUGCUAAGAAAGUUAGCACGUGUUAAGGGCUUUCUUAAAUCUGGCCCUAAGGUUAAAAUGGCUCAAACGGGGUGAACAAUACCUAUUAGUCACGUCUCUGUUCAAAGGGGAGAAAAGCCAUUUGUGGGCUUUGCAAUUUAUGCAAUAUUUUGAUAAGUCUUUCACAAAUGAAUUGCCAAAAACACCCUGACAUACCGCCUACUCCCGAAUGUUUGAGACCCCCAAAACAGUCACGCAUCAAUAUUUCAGGGUGCCCUCUCCCCCAUUAGAACAAUUGUUUUGUUUUAUUCUGUUCAAUGAAUUAAGGUUUAAUUUCUACAAAUGUUUCUAUCGUUGUUGUUUUGUUUGUUUUUAAGCAUGCUGUUUUCUCUAUGUUUGGACGCUUUGAGUUGAAAGGACGAAGGUUGAAAUGUUUUUCAGAGAGCAUUCUAAUGCAGUGUUAAAAUUUCAAGGUUUUUGUUGGUUUUUCCUUCCUCUUUUUUUAAUCACAUUAUUCUUUACAAAUAUUACCAUAGUAGUUACUCAUUAAACGCUUGCUUGCUGCACAGAUAAACACACUUCACACCAGGAAGGGGCAUGUGGACAUUUAGUUCAGACACAUUCACAACUGGCAUGAUGACAUGUUCUUGCAUCCAUGUUUUUUUGGAAAGCAUCAGAUUUUUGUUAUUUGUCUUUGUUUCUCUAAGAACCUCGCUAAAUUGUAAUGUAUCAGCAAAUGUCGGUAUGUCGGUUUUGAAACGAAUGAGAAAAGACUUUUUGUUUUUCUCAUGCACAACAAACUAAAUUUGCCAUGUGUUUUUGAACUGGUGUGAGGGGGAAAUUACAGCUUUAACAAUAUUUCAUUAUAACAUUGUAUUCAGCCAUCGCUGUUCGCAAAAAAAAAUCGCUCAUGAAUACAGUACUGGAAGUGAGUAUGUUUCCCUAUGCAAAAAAAUAAAUAAAAUUAAAAUUAAAUAAAAAAUAAACAAAGCUAUGCUACAACUCAGAAA